CUACAGCUACAACAACUACAGAAUGUAGCAAACAUCAACAUAUCUAUUCUUUCACAACUUCUAGUCUUCUCAACCAUACAAACCUAUACACAAAUCUGCCAAAUGAUACUGGCAUUGUAUUACAAACCUUAUAUAAUAGAGACAACUGGCCUCUUCCAAAAGAAUUUACUG